AUGGAGAGUGACAUAUUAGAUGUGUUAGAUCAGCUCGGAUAUAACGAGAUUGUGUUCGAUGAAAAAUCGCUCGCACUGGCAUCGGAGGAUGGUUUUUCAUCGCCGGAGUAUAUCAAGCUAUUUACAUGGUUAAUAUCCCAACUGCGACCAUUCUGUGAUCUUGAUGAGCAGGUUUCGUCGGCCACAGAAAAUACAAAAGAGUUCAUGUCAGAAGUCGGUGAUAUGUUGAAAGAGAUGUGUUGUCCUGAUCAAGGACUUAUUUCGACAUUAAAUCAGGGAGAGUUUGGGAGUAAGAAGGAUCGUUUGAAGCUCAUAUUGUUCCUAGGAUCUGAGUUACAAGCUGCCCAGAUUAUGAAGAGCAGACCUGCAAAGAGCAGAAAGCAUGAAGAGGAGAAGAAUACAGCACUCUCUGACCUCCAAACCAUUUGUAAAACAAUAAAGAUCUCAGAGGAAGACAGUCAGGAGGCAAAAAGCCUAUUCUCUGCCAUAGAAAACCAGUUAAAGAAUUUGCUGCAGAAGGUUCCAGACAACCAUAUUGGGACACCUUUGCUGAAGAAGUCCCUCAGCAGUGAGCAGUGGUCACAGCUGGAGAAAAUAAACUCCGUUCUCUUGGCGGAGUAUGAGUGCCGACGGCGGAUGCUGGUCAAACGGCUGGACGUCACAGUGCAGUCCUUCGGCUGGUCUGACAGAGCAAAGCAAAGAAUUGACACCAUGGCCAAAGCCUAUCAGCCGAAGAGACAUUCUUUGACUGUCAAGUCCUCAGUGAGUCCUGCCCAUUUGCUUGCAGCUCGAGAAGAUCUCUGCAACGUGGUGAAGACCAGCAGUGGCUCUAGCCGAGAGAGGACAGCCUGUGCGGUCAACAAAAUCCUGAUGGGUAGAGUGCCUGAUCGAGGUGGACGGCCUUCUGAAAUAGAUGCCCCUCCUCCAGAGAUGCCUCCCUGGCAAAAGAGGCAAGAAGGAGGGGGAGGGAGAGGUGGAAGAGGGGGGUAUGGAGGAGGGGGAAGCUCUCGUGGAGGAGGCUAUGGAGGAGGUGGUGGAUACGGAAGAGGAGGUGGAUAUGGAGGAGGAGGAGGUGGAUACGGAGGAGGAGGUGGAUACGGAGGAGGAGGAGGUGGUGGAUACAGAGGUGGGGGAGGUGGAGGUGGUAGGAGUCAUUGGGGAAAAGGUGGGCAGUAUUAG